AUGGAUACUUUCAUUAAUACCAUCAUGAGAUUUCUUGCCAACAUUGCUCAAGAUCCAAGCCUAUCCUCAGAACAAAGGGAGCAGGCCACCUACAUUAGCAUUUCAUUCUUUAUGCACAAGAACAUUUGUCGUCUCAUGGCCCAGGUUACUGCUCUUACCAGAGGCGAAGUUAUGAUUCAUCCGUCUCAUCGAAUUAAUACUUUGGCCGAAGAUACAAAUACGCCUGCCCGCCGUCAUAACAAAUUUCUGCUGCCCGUCAUCACUGACCAUCGGAUUACUCCCACCAUUGCCGAUAUUGAGGGUCACCCUAUCGAGCUCAUUAGCAUCCUUGACCCUGCCAUUGAGCGUUCUCUAAGAGGUGAAAAGAGACUCAGGUUCCACCAAGCUCUUCUUUCUAUGGAGAAGAAGGCAAAUGAUGACCUUGCCCGGUGCACCAGGAAAUAUGGCUAUCACUUCAUUUUCAGGGCUGGCCUUCAGGAGUACUACAUGACGAAAACUGUCGUUGAAAGGGUUAGCUUUUGGAGACCUGAUCCACGAGGAGACGAGUAUCGAGUCCGAGCCCAGAAGAUUUGUUAUGAGGCUAUGGAAUUUCGUCUCCGCUUAGAUGAUGCGGAAAAGAACGUCCUCGUGCAGGCUACUCGUUGCGCUCCCGAAGAUGCUUACGCAUUUUGGGACUGGUUGGAAAAAUAUCGUGUCUCUUACCGAGCAAUGAAGACUUGCCUUGCAUUGUUGAACAAACUUGAAAAGCACUAG